ACCCAAUUCCACGACAACACGAUACAAUGGCAGCUACACGCGCCCUCGCUCGCCUGGCUACGACGCGGACGGCCCUCCGUCCUGCCGUCCUCUCACGCGGCUUUGCCUCCGUGACCGACACGCACGCCCGCGACCCUGUCUCCAAGACUGCUGAGAAAAUAGUGCCAGACCCAGCUCGCAAGCCUACUCCGGAGAGCAAGACAUCGACGGUCAAGGAACCGGAGCCCGCCAAAGAUGCGAAGAUCAAGUCAUUCCACAUUUACCGCUGGAACCCGGAUGAGCCCACCUCGAAGCCGCGCAUGCAGACAUACACCCUGGACUUGAACAAGACGGGCCCUAUGAUGCUGGAUGCGCUGAUCCGGAUCAAGAACGAAAUGGACCCUACUUUGACUUUCCGGAGGAGUUGCCGCGAGGGAAUUUGCGGGAGCUGUGCAAUGAACAUUGAUGGCGUCAACACGCUGGCUUGCCUUUGCCGCAUCCCCACCGACACCGCCAAGGCAUCCCGUAUCUACCCUCUCCCGCACAUGUUCAUUGUCAAGGACCUGGUGCCGGAUAUGACGCUCUUCUACAAGCAGUACCGUUCAAUCAAGCCAUAUCUCCAGCGCGACACUCCUCCACCGGACGGUCGCGAAUACCGCCAAUCAAAGGCGGAGCGCAAGAAGCUCGACGGUCUCUACGAAUGCAUUCUCUGCGCCUGCUGCUCGACAUCCUGCCCGUCGUACUGGUGGAAUCAGGAGGAGUACCUCGGCCCGGCUGUCCUCCUCCAAUCCUACCGCUGGAUAGCCGACUCGCGAGAUGAAAAGAAAGCUGAGCGCCAGGAUGCGCUGAACAACAGCAUGAGCUUGUACCGAUGCCACACUAUCCUCAACUGUUCGAGGACGUGCCCGAAGGGGUUGAACCCAGCGCUUGCGAUUGCUGAGAUUAAGAAGAGCAUGGCUUUCACAUGAGGAUCUUGACAAGCUUUUGAUGGAAUUCGGAAGACAUUGAGGACUGGAUAAAGCGUGCUAUAGCUGGUUUUGCCAUUUCUUGUGUACAUGUGUGUGAAGUCGCUGGUCGCUGUUCCAGAGUAUGCAACUGUACUUGUGAAGUCUGUACGCGACUACCAGAAUGAAAAUUCCUUUGGUUUAAAU